UAAAUAUACACAUACCUUUAAGCAAUUCGUAGAAAAGGAAGUUUGAAUCUAAAUUAAAGGGGCAUUACCAACCAUCAGAAUCUCUCUGCUCAUCAAGAGACCCUUUACUCGCAACGAUUCCUUUAAGGUUCGAAACAUGUCAAUCGAACCCGCGCUUUGUUCAAUGACCUGCGAAGAGUGCGAAACAACGGCUGCAGAAUAUAUGUGUAAAAACUGUCCGGGGUAUCUAUGUAGCGAGUGCAAAACCGAACACAACCGGCGGAAAAUCACGAGACACCACGUGAUCGCCCCGAUCACGGGUCGAAAGGUCCGGACUCUAAAACGCUGCCUGGCGGAAGCACCGAAACAGAAAGCUUGUUUUGAAACGGAUCUCGAAUAUCAGCUUGGGGUCCGAUGUAUAUCGUCCUCCAAGAUAGUUGUGUUUGGAAACGACCCCCGCAUCUUGGUGAUAGACAAAAAGGGACAGAGUCAAACUUCGAUAAUCACAGACACAGAGGUAUCACCUGACGGGAUGGCAAUUUUGCCAGACAGCAGUAUAUUGUACAGCGAUGUAGAGACAAGGAGGAUUUUAGUGGUGACCGGAAGUGGUGAAUCGCAGACGCUUGUGAGCACGGAUUGGUCGCCCAGCGGUCUCUGUGUAACCCAGUCCGGCUCGAUCCUCGUGGGACUUUUCCACCAUGAUCCUCUUUAUGAGGUGGACCAAGUAGGAAAAGUCGAAGAGUACACUGUCUCCGGAAAUAAAGUAAGAGAGAUAUUGGGGGAAGAUCAGAAGUUAUACAGCCGACCGGAACACAUCACUGAAAAUUUCAACGGGGACAUCAUAGUCAGCGACUACAACUUGAAGAAAAUCACCGCAGUCGACGCUCACGGUCACUUCCGGUUCUCGUACCUCGGGGUCGCUAAAAAUAAAUCCUACCAAUUUUUGCCCAUGGAUAUCGAUACCGACACCCUAGGUCACGUGAUCAUCGCAGACCAAUUUAGACACAGUAUUCACGUGAUCGAUAAAGAUGGCGCAUUUGUUCGUCUGCUUUUAACGGAAGAAGCGGGAAUCAAGGAGCCCCAUGGUCUGUGCUUUGACGGGGUGGACUCAAUUUGGGUGGCAGAGUUAGAGUCAAAAUUGGUCAAAAAGUUUAAAAUCUUAGAGAAAUGAGUCUCCAUGUUGUGUUAUCACAGUCUAAUAUUGUAUCACAAGUGUGCAGUAGUUUCAGCUAAUGUGACUCUCAACAAUUUUAAUAAUUUUUAAGGAAAUGCAUUUAUCAAAAUUUCAAUUUACUAAAAUAAUAAUACAGAGCCAAAUUCUUCAUGAAAAAAUAUUUUUAGGAGUAGGUGUUAGGUCAUUUGCCUAAACUAGAAGCUUAAACUAUCCUCCUCUCAUGUUGUAAAUUAUAAACUUACUGGAUGGUGUAAAUUAUACAAAAUACAAUGUCAUUUUACACCCACACAGAGUAAAUUUAAAGUUUACAAGAUCUCUCUCUCUCUCUCUCUCUCUCUCUCUCUCUCUCUCUCUCUCUCUCUCUCUCUCUCUCUCUCUCUCUCUCUCAGCCUUCCAACAGUUUACAAGAUAUACUUUAAGUUCGACAACUUGAUCGUAAAUGUGAAUUGUUGCUAAACCAUUUUUAUGCAGAUUUUAUUGCUUUUAAGAUGAAAAUAAAAUGUUUUUUACUGUG